AAGGAGCCUUUGGGGAGAGUGGCUGUAAUUGGGAGAGUUUUAAAGUGACAACUCGGUGUACCCGAUUGGACGUCGUUGGGACGAGAGAAGGAAAACUGGUCGAGACCUCUUUGAGAAUUUCCCUAUUGUCCUAGUGCAUAAGGAUUUGUGCAUCUGUGCUUCGAGGGAUUUCGUUCGAAGUAAUGAGAUGAAUAAGACAAGAUAUCCAAGAGACGCUUGCUGUAAAUUGAUUGCCGCUUCUCCAGCGCUUUCCCCACUCUUUGGGAUGUCUGAGCAUCUUUUUAUGAGUAGUCUCAUACACAAAUCCAGUUCUUCAUAGCAUCUUCCCAGUCUCAAGAUUGCUUGAACGAGUUCCAUUGAAAACGAUCACGAUUGUUUGUUUGAAAACAGAGUGGUGGAGUGGAGCCCAGGAUUUUGCAUGCGAUUUGAAAUGAUCCAUGGGACGUAGAGGUUAGUGAUCCCAGUGUCUGGAGCCCCCUUCCACCAGGAUCGAUGAACUCUUCGAUCUUAUUUCGACAUUUCUUGAAGAAAAAAAGAUUCUGGACGGAUUCGCAAAGUGAUUGAGAGGGCGGAAGUGAUCUUCAACUCAACGUGAACCCUCUCGAGCCAAACCAAGCACUUGAAGACCAAGGGGAAAAAAAGGACAGCAAACGGCAGGCGGCGAAAAGGGGAGGAGGAAAAAAACAGCCUUUUUUAACUGGGGACAGGAGAUCCUCUCCUUCCACGGUGGCAAAGUCGCCUUUCAUUGCGAUAUUCCACUCCAGAGUUGGCGCUGUCGCCUUGGAGACUUCCAACGAUCCUCAGUUUGGCCUUUUUUGGCCUCUCCUCGCCUUCCCUGGAGAUCGUCCUGGAUGGAUCGAACAGGAAAUUGACGCUCUGUAGCCAUUUGAUUGAUUCUUUGUUGUCAUCACUCCAAUACAAGUUAUCAGAGUGUCUCCCCGUUGGCUGCGGCCUUUGAUUGUUCGCUCGCAGGCUUUAUUGAAAGGCCAAGACACACAAGGAAAAUCCAAUUGGGAGCCGAGGGUCGAUUCCAAAUUUGAACAAGAACAACAAGAACAAACAGGUGAUCUUGUUCUGUUCCCUCAUCAGUCUCACCAUGGCCUUGAUUCAUCGUGGUUGGCAAUUUCUCAUCACCUUCGCUCUCAUUUGGGGAACCUCUGUUAAUUCGUCAAAUGGCCGAUUUGUCAACGAUGACGGAUCCACUAAUACGGGCACAAACAACUCUGAGGGUGACGAGGAUCAAUCGGAAUUAGGAUAUCAUCCGUUCAUCAACCCACUCCUUUCACCACGUGUAGUCGGAGUGUUAGGCAAAGAAGUUCGUUUGAAUUGUCAUGUGACUGACAUUGGCAAUAAUACGAUAUCUUGGAUAAGACAUAGAGAUACCCAUCUCCUAAGUGUGGGUCGAUAUACCUAUACCACAGAUUUUCGUUUUUCCGCCCAACAUCUGCCCAUGACACAUUACUGGCAACUUCGGAUCAUGAAUGUAACUUAUGAGGAUCAAGGGCUCUAUGAAUGUCAAUUGUCUACAACACCCAUUCGAUCACAUGUCAUUGACCUCAAAGUAGUAGAACCUCAGACGGACAUCUUGGGCGGUCCGGAUAUGCACGUAGAUCGUGGCUCAACCAUUAAUUUGACAUGCAUUGCCAAAUUCAGUCCAGCUCCUCCUCCCGAUGUAGAAUGGUAUCACAAUGGACAGGUGAUUUCCUAUGAUUCUCCUCGUGGAGGUGUAAGUGUGGUAACAGAAAAAGGCGAAAGCACAUCCAGUCAUUUACUCAUUCAAAGGGCAACUGCCAAAGACUCGGGACAAUACAAGUGUGUUCCCGAAAACACGGUGGAAGCGGCCAUCACUCUUCAUAUUCUAAAAGGGAAGAAUCCGGACGCUUGGCAAACUUCAGGAGGAAGCGCAUUGACAUCCCGAUCCUCCGACUCACACUCUUCAACGCCUUCCACUUUGGAGCAGCUGACUCCACUCCUGAUCCUGGAAUUCAUGCUGGAAAAGCUGAUCAACUUACUCUCGUCUAGUUAAUCCCCGGAGAUCUUGUCCAUUGUUCCAUCAACUCGACGAGGAGGAAAAUGAACAAGUUCAACGGGGCUUGGGAACUGCUUACUCUCUUUUGAGCGACGAUCCAAAUCGUUUUUGGUUUGCUUCAACGGACCUUUUGGGUGUUUCAAAUCAUAUAUAAAAUACGAACUACCGUCGAUGUUGCUAUGAAACAGAAGAAAAUGCAAGGACCAUGUUCUACUUUGUAAAAAAUGGGACGUUUGAAGGUUCAUAAUAAAACCCGCAGAU